AUGUCCCUGGACCCACGUCUCUACCAUUCCCUGGGUCCGGGCCCCGGCCUGGGCUCGCAGUCGUGCGCCUCGACCUCCGGCAUGUCGUCAGUGACGGGCAUCACCACUCCCUCCGCCUACUCCACCACCGCUUCCUCCGCCGCCCUUCGUUCCACGGCUUCUAGCCCGUCCCUGCGCGCCCGUCAGGGUGUCGCGGUAUCCGCGCGAGGCGAUGGCAUAGCCAGCCCGUCGCCUGCGGGCAACGUGCGCGUAGUGGUCCGUGUCAGGAAUUUCCUACCUCGAGAACUCGCGCGCGAUGCCCCGUGUCUGAUCACCAUGGACCCUGACACCCAGAUGACGAAACUCGAAGCCCCUCCCAAUCAUCAGGACAACGGAAAGCCCAAGUCGCAGGCGCGCGGCAAGGUGCUCGAGGACAAAUCGUUCAUCUUUGACAAUUCGUUCUGGUCGCAUGAUGAGGACGACGCGCACUACGCCGGACAGGAGGACGUCUACAACUGCCUGGGUGAAGAAUUCCUGGAUCACAACUUUGAAGGGUACCACACGUGCAUCUUCGCCUACGGACAGACGGGCUCCGGCAAGAGUUACACCAUGAUGGGCACGCCCGACCGCCCCGGGUUGAUCCCGCGCACCUGCGAGGACCUCUUCGACCGCAUAGAGGGCGCACAGUCGCCGGAUGUCAGCUUCAACGUGCGCGUCUCCUACUUCGAGGUCUACAACGAGCACGUCCGAGACCUCUUGGUGCCGCGCACCGAUCCGCCGCACUACCUGCGCAUUCGCGAGUCCCCCGCAGAGGGCCCGUACGUUAAGGACUUGACCGAGGUGACGGUCCGGAACUUCACAGAGCUGAUGAAGUUCAUGCGCAAGGGGGAUGUGUCGCGGACCACGGCCAGCACCAAGAUGAACGACACCUCGUCGCGGUCCCACGCCGUCUUUACCAUCACGUUGAAACAGAUCCACCACGACCUGUCGACAGACGAGACCACGGAACGCACCGCGCGCAUCCGACUGGUCGAUCUGGCCGGCUCGGAACGGGCCAAAUCCACCGAAGCCACGGGUCAGCGUUUGCGCGAAGGCUCCAACAUCAACAAGUCCCUAACAACACUAGGCCGCGUGAUCGCCGCGUUGGCUGACCCACGCGCCGGGGGGGCGCCGCGUCCCGGCGGCAAGCGCAAGGGCCGGGACGUGGUGCCAUACCGAGACUCGAUCCUCACGUGGCUGCUCAAAGAUAGUCUGGGCGGAAAUUCCAAGACAGCCAUGAUCGCGUGCAUAUCGCCGACGGAUUACGAGGAGACCCUGUCGACGCUACGGUACGCGGACCAGGCCAAGCACAUCCGCACGCGCGCGCGCGUCAAUCAGGACCACCUGUCGGCGGCGGAGCGCGACCAACAGAUCGCCGAGAUGGCGGAGACGAUACGAUCGCUGCAACUCAGUGUAUCGCAGGCGGCAGCCAACCGGCGCGAAACUGAAAUACAGACGGAACGGCUUGAGGACUACCAGUCGCAGGUCGAGAAGAUGCAGCGCCUAAUGGAGGAGACCAAGAUGGUCAGCGAGUGCAAGAUCCGUCAACUGCAGACGGAGAACGAAGCGAUGCGAAAUCACCUCAAGCUAGCCCUGGACAGCCUCCGGAAUCCGAUACCCCCGGUGACGAUCGAGCCGCGACGCGGCCGCGAGAGUCUCUCCCCGGUGUGCGAAUCACCACCCUACGACCUGGAGCGGUCGGGGUCGCCCGACUGGCAAGGCACGCCCGAUCUGGUCUGGGAGGACGGGGCUGCCACCAGCGAUGGAGACGCCGACGCGCAGGAGAUGCAAGCCGACAUGGAGAAUCUCCUAGGCGAUCUGAGCAUGUUCAAACGCAAGCUGGCCACAGACCACGAACGGUUCCGACAUCCCAACCCGGCAGGGCGCAGGAAAAGACGGGCAUUGGGGGAUAUAUGGACCAAUACGCGAUGA